GCGGUCGCCACGCGCUGGUGCGUGGGAUGCUCCCACCAUACCCCGCCUUCCCGAAACUAAAAAAAAAAGAGAGAGAAAGAAAAAACCCUGGAAAUCGAGGAAGAAUAAACCAGAAAUCAGAACGAUUCUCUUCGUGAUCUCUUCCCUCUUCCUUGUUCUCUCCGACGACCCCCAAAUCGGUUCAAGGCUUGCGGUUGAUGGUGUGAUUUAUGUGGAUUCUGUAGCUUAAAUAUGGUUACGGAGCCUCCCUCUUCGAUGACUAAUGAUGGAAACAUUGUAGCGGAACAACCAGUUGGAGGGUCAAUCCCCAAUAAAAAGAACAAAGGAAAAGUGCCGAAGAAAGAGCACAAAGCUAAGAGAGAAAAGCUGAAACGUGAUCAUUUAAAUGAGCGCUUUUCAGAGCUGGGCCAUGCAGUUGAACCAGCAAGGCAAAAUAAUGGCAAGGCCUCUAUAUUAGGUGAUGCCACUCGAUUAGUACAGGAUCUCAUUCAACAGGUAGAAUCUCUCAAGAAGGAAAAUGCUGCUUUGGUGACUGAAUCUCAUUAUGUUGCUGUGGAAAAGAAUGAGCUGAAAGAUGAGAACACGGUCCUGGGAGCUGAGAUCGAGAGACUGCGAAACGAACUACAUGAGAGGAUGCACUCCAAUCCUAUGUGGCAUGAUGGAGCAGAGGUGGCUCUUCCUGCUCCACCACAACCCACAGCUGCUGCAUUGCCAAUGCAGCAGCCACCUGUCGGACCCCUUUAUGUCAUCCCCCUCCACCAAGAGCUCCAUCCCUUCUCAGAGACCGGCGACGCACCAGCUCCUCCGAAACACCCCUCUCAUGUGAGGAGGCCACAUGCCAGAUAUCCCACGCCAUCAGAUUCCUGGCCGCUGGAGCUUCUUUCAAGGCAUCAAAGAGCAGCCCAUGAAGCACAGCAUAAGGGCAGUAGCAGCUGCAUGACAUCUAACCGUGGGGAGGAAGGUGCAGAUGAAGUGUAAGUUAGCAGUAUGGUCUGUCUGAGAGUUGUUCAUGAACACCCUGACACCCUAGAUUUCUCGGUAUGGAGAGCGUUAGUCAUUAGAACUUGAAGAUAGCAUCAUAUUGAUGAUGUUGAUAAUGAAAAAUGCAUCAAGUUAAUGAGAAAGGAUUUAUGAUCAUUUGCAUGUAGCUGGAGGAGUGUAUCUUUGUGAAAUUUUGACAUUUGAA